UGUUUUGUCGGAAGCAAUCAGUUGUUUUGGGUUUGUCCCGACCACGUGGAGGAUCAAGGCAGCUUUUACGUUUAACAGCGGCUUGAUAGCGUCCUCCAAACUAUUAAAGGAAAGCUGAACAGAGCUCUUACCGUCUGCGGUGUGGAAGUAGCCCAAACAGUCAAGCCUGUGCGGUGAGAGAUGUCAGCAGGAGGCCAGACCACACGAAGCAGGGAGAUCCCAGCUGUCAGGCGGAUCGCCAUUCACGAUGCUGCCCACAUGCCCCAGGACUACUCCACGACCCCAGGAGGAACUCUGUUUAGCACCACUCCAGGAGGUACCAGAAUCAUCUACGACAGGAAGUUUCUCCUGCAGUGUCGGACAUCUCCCCUGACUCGUACGCCCCCCAACCUGCCCGAUAUCCCAGGGGUUACCAGGCCGCUUAACCCUGACUCCCCCUCUGACACAAACCAGCCAGAACAGACGGCGAACAACAACAACGACCAUGAUGUGCAUUCAGAGGAGAAUGCAGGUAAAGGGGACGAUGCCCAGUUUGAAAUGGACAUCUAAUAAGAGUCAGCUUUGAGAACAGAAAUUUAAUAUAAGUUGAAAUAACAGUUCUGACCUCAUUGAGCUGUGUAUUUUUUCAGAUUUGUUCUGAAAACAAGUUUUUGAUUUUUGUAAUACUUAACAUGUAUUGAAAUGUAUUUGUAUAAAACAGCAUUAAUUGAUGGAUAAAACGUUUUUUUUUUUUUUCAACUUGAUGCAUCUUAACUGUAUCAUCUGUGAUGUAGAACAAGUCAAAGUUUUGUUAAAAUUAAAUGAUAUUUCGUGCGUUGA